UCCUUAUCAAGUAUUAAAAUAGAGGAGGAAUAACUCAGCGAGGAGGGCCUGUCGACCAUCUACGCUAACCCUAGCGUUUCCGCUGCUACCGUCGCCAACGUCGCCGGCCGAUCACCUCUUCUUUGUCCUUGCCGCGGGCCGCCAUCUCCCUUUCCUGAAGAACUGGCACCCCCGGGAGUCUGUUGAAUUGGGUUCCUAUAUCGAUCGAUCGAUAUGGCAACUGAAUCAAAGACUAGUGCUGCCCGCAAAGUUGGUCCGAUGGUUCCUCCAGCUGAGAUUUUGCAUAAGGCUUCUCAAUUUAAACGCUGGGGCAGGAAAUAUCCCUUCCUUCGAUAUGGUCUUCCACUCAUUUCCCUUACAGUGUUGGGAUCUGUUGGUCUUGCGCAUCUCAUACAAGGCAGCAAAGAAGUAAUAAAAGAAAAAGAUGAUCUGGAAUGGGAGAUUAUCGAAACCACAAAAGCACUCACUCGAACCGGCCCCAAGGACAGCUACAAGCCUAGCAAGCUCUCUUUGGAGGAGGAGCUUAAGGCUCUGCAACAAAAGAUUGACAUCAGCAAUUAUGAGUACAAGAGAAUUCCCAGACCAAAUGAAGGGAAAGAUAGCAAGAAUUGAGUAAAACAAACAUGAAUUGCGACAUCUUCUCGAGUCAUAUCUGUAUGAAUGAUACCAACCAUCUACUUAGAGGGACGACAUAUAUGCCUGCAUGAAGGAUUCCAGACGGGGCUCCGUCAGGUCCACCGUCUCAUCGUCCGAUGAGCGCCAACUCCGACCAUUUGAUGUCAGCAGGAUCAGCCUCUCCAUGUGCUCAGCUGAUACAGCCAGCUCCGGUUUUGCUUGGUGGUCACCGCAGGAGUCUCUUUCAACUGGCAUUGGCAAUGAACAUGGAUUAUGGCAUCUCCCGGAGACUGCUCGAUUUGGAUCCUUCCUUUCAACUGCAACUUCUGGAGUUUGACUUCCGCUGGUGCCGCGAAUGCUGUGAGAGUAUGAACUCUGAAUAGUGCAAAAGAGAACCAUUUAUAUGAACCUUUGGAAGUAAAGAAGAUCUACGUACACAGCUUUACCUUUGGAAGCAAGCAAAUAAAGGUGUUACAUAACAUGAACAUUGGUCAUAUAUCAACCAAUGUUCAGUGUGAUGUAGCCUGUUACAGAUAUUGCAAGUAAAUGCAUAAUCUGGUACUCUAUCAGCCAGGUAUCACAGUGAUCUAUCUAUUUAUCAAAAGUUGCUUAUAACUA